AUGAAGAGUGAAGCAAAUGCGUCGAGUGUGGGCGUGCGAUCGGCCACCGAACGCCGCACCGCGCCCUGGCGGCGAGGCGUCCUCAGAAGCAACACGGGGGCGGCGCCGGCCAUCGCCGCACAGAGUCGGGAUAUCUUCAUUUCCACAAUCAGCUGCCGUGUCGUAGGCCACACUGGUCUGACAGAGAACGUACUUGCCUACCACUUCCUCUGCGUCGGCAAUGGCGACGCCAACAAGACAGAGGAGGCGGAAGGAAGCCGCCUACUACUUCCCUUCUCUUCUGGCGAGCAGCAGGUGUCGGCAUGGCGCGGCGGCUGGAUGGAGCGCCGCCAGCCGCCGGCGGCAGUCAUCGACAAUGGCGGCGCGCAACAAUGGCGGGAACAAUGGCGGCGGCUGGGAGCGCGCCCACCUGCGCCACCAGCGCCAGAUUUACCUUCCGCGGGCGCCGCCACUCUGAUGGCCUCUUCCAACCCCUGUGGGACAGAUACGGAUUAUACUAAUGAUACAGUUGAUCAUGGUAUGGCCAAGAUGACUAGUAAGGAGAAUGUUAUUGCAAUGAAGUUUUGUUCGAUGAUUAUAUUAGUGAUUGUACAUUUCGAGUGGAAUGUGCAGAGGCUUCAUGAUGAGCUCCAGAUAAAUAGAUUGCAAAUUUUUGGAUGGGGAUUUGAUGCACUAGCACUGGAAGAUGUAGUGCAUGGUCCAGCGUUCUGGGGUCUAAUCAACCCUGAGUGGAGCCUCUGCAACAAGGGCCGGCGCCAGUCGCCCAUCAACCUGGAGCCUAACAAACUGCUCUUCGACCCAAACCUGCGCGUGCUGCACAUCGAUAAGCACAGGGUGGGCGGCAUGAUCAGCAACACGGGACACAGCGUCAUCUUCACGGUGGAGAACACGACGCGGCACCACGUCAACGUGUCUGGCGGCCCGCUCUCCUACAAGUACCAGUUCCACGAGAUACACGUGCACUACGGACAGCACGACGACUCGGGCUCCGAGCAUAACAUCAACGGCUACGCCUUCCCCGCCGAGAUCCAGAUCUUCGGCUUCAACUCACAGCUGUACUCCAAUUUCUCGGAGGCCUUACACAAAGCUCAGGGCAUAGUAGCCAUCUCUCUGCUGCUCCAACUCGGAGAUUUGUCGAAUCCUGAGCUGAGGAUACUGACAGAUCAACUGGACAAAAUUAGACACGGAGGUCAGGAGGUAGAGGUGCGUCGACUGUCGAUCCGCGGCCUGCUGCCCGACACGGACUACUACAUGACGUACGACGGGUCCACGACGAUGCCCGCCUGCCACGAGACUGUCACGUGGAUCAUCCUCAACAAGCCCAUCUACAUCACCAAGCAGCAGCUGCACGGGCUCCGGCGGCUGAUGCAGGGGGACGGGCACCAGCCCAACGCGCCGCUGGGCAACAACUACCGGCCGCCACAGCCGCUCUUCCACAGGCCCGUGCGCACCAACAUCGACUUCAACGUGAGGCGCAGCGCAGAGGCCCCUUCCGGGAGGUACUGUCCAAGCAUGUAUCGUGAAGUGUAUUAUAAAGCAAACAGUUGGAAACAUCACUGAAUACUUAUGCGGCAGGAGUUUCAGUGGAUAACCAACUAAGAGACCACUGUGGUCCUUGUGUUGUAGUAAAUCGUUGAGCUCCUGACAGAGACAUCGUGUAAAUAGUUUGUACAUGGAAGCUUUUUAGGCUUUGGAAGGUAAGCUGCGAUUCCUUUAACACUGAUAACGUGUAUAAGUUUUGUAAGCAAAAUAUAUUAAAAGUGUUUGUUGCUGUAUACACUAAGUGUAACCAAAAAUUGAUUGUGGCGGUUGGAAGUGGAACUCUUUCCCAAAGUUAAGUUUAAUGGACUGUAAAAGUGACUGCAACGAACAGUUGUCUUCUUAAGGUGUAGAAUAAACAAUCUGAGUCAGUGGUAAUAGAAUACCUUGAAGAUAGGACAACAAACAUGAAGAAAUUUGCUUGAAAAUGCUUUCACAAAUGUUAAUGGAAUCGCUUACAGUGUUACAUGUGAUGUACAAUAAUAAGAAAAUACAUAUCACAAUAUUCUUCCGUGAUCUGGUCUUCAUGUACUGCUUUUGAAAAACGUUGUGUGUUUCUUAUGGUGGAAAAAAUAGAAAUCUGUAGGACGAGAUUUGUUCAACAAUCAUCAGCUCGUGUUUACAACACAAAAUAAUUAACUUACGUUCAGUUCACAAGCGCAGAUAAAAUGAGUUACGUAUGGUUUACUUUGCCAUACUUGGCGGAUAAAAACUGAUAUUACUCCCUUGUAAAAUUCUUAGCUUACUUUCGAGUACAUUGAUUAUCGAAUGUAAUGUUAUUUUGCAUAGCAUAUUGUAUCAGUUACUGUGAACUCAGGUACAUAAGUGGGUAUUCGUAGGUAUAGUUUCGAAAAAAGAAGCAGCUGUUUGUCAGGAGACGCUGGUGUCUGUUGAGUUCUAGUAUGAUCAAAUAUCUUGAUAUGUCCUUGUCAUACGAGUUAAACUUUAUUUGCUAUGUACUACGCAUUGCAACAAAACGAGGGCUACCAUGUUUGUAUGUUUUUGUGUGGAAGCAUAUCAGAUCUGAAACUUAAAAUGUGAUUAAUUCAGAAGAAUUAUAUUUGUAACAUGCGAGUAUACAUUUAGGUGAGUGAGUUGAUUUGAGGUAAAUGUGUGAUGAACCAGAGAACUGUUGUUUAAUUCUGUGUACUUCGUAGUGGAAAGCUGUAUGUCAAUCAGUUUUUUCGCUUGUCCUUCACGCUGGUUCUUCGAAGAAUCAUUCUCUAACAUGAAUGGCGCAUGUGAAUGAAUGCCGAAAUAUGUGACAUUCCGCUGGAGUAUAUGUAUAACUAGUGACAUGUAAAUCAUACAGUGCGGUUAAUUUUCCCAGCCGCAGAUGUGCCUGGAAUAUUUGCUAAUGUUGCAUCAGUAUAGUAGAAAACGCUACUGUUAUUGUAAUGGAGACUAAUAUAUAAACGCUUGUAAACUAAAGUCUGAAUAACAGAAGUUAUAUUGGUUUUUAAUAAAAUAGUUGCUCAGAGUA